AUGGGGAGGUCUGACCCAGAGGCGGGCCAGUCGCCGGCUUCGGUGAAGCCCCCAGAUGGUGGCUGGGGCUGGAUAGUGCUGCUGGGCUGCUUUGUGAUCACUGGCUUCUCCUACGCCUUUCCGAAGGCAGUGAGCGUCUACUUCAAGGAGCUCAUGCACGACUUCCACGUGGGCUACAGCGACACAGCUUGGAUCUCGUCCAUCAUGCUGGCCAUGCUGUAUGGCACGGGGCCUGUGAGCAGCAUCAUGGUGAACCAGUUUGGGUGCCGGCCUGUGAUGCUUGUCGGUGGGCUCCUGGCAUCUUCCGGUAUGAUCCUAGCCUCCUUCACCACCAACAUUAUUGAGCUGUACCUGACGGCUGGCAUGCUGACAGGUCUAGGUAUGGCUCUGAACUUCCAGCCCUCCCUGAUCAUGCUGGGCACCUACUUUGACAAACGAAGACCUCUGGCCAAUGGGCUUGCUGCAGCUGGGAGCCCUGUUUUCCUCUCUGCCCUCUCUCCGCUGGGUCAGGUCUUGCUCGAGAAGUUUGGCUGGCGAGGGGGAUUCCUCAUCAUGGGGGGUUUGCUGCUCAAUUGCUGCACCUGUGGAGCAGUCAUGAGACCUCUCGAGGCAGGCAUGAAGCGGAAGAUGGAGAGAGUUCAGGACAAAUAUGAAGCCAAGGAGAUGCUGCCCAUUGGGGAAGGGGCAGAGGAGGCCAUAAGCACCACUGAUGGAGCCAAAAAGUCAAAGAAAACCAAGAAGCAGCAGCAGCCCAGGAAAGGGAAGAAGCUAUUGGAUUUUUCUAUCUUCUCCAACCGGGGAUUUGUCAUUUACUCCAUUGCUAAGUUCAUCAUGGUCUUGGGUCUCUUUGUGCCCCCCAUAUUGCUGGUCAACUAUGCCAAAGACAUAGGAGUGCCAGACACAGAAGCUGCCUUCCUGCUGUCCAUCAUUGGCUUCAUAGACAUCUUUUCCCGCCCUUCCUGUGGGAUGCUAGCCGGGCUGAAGUGGAUGCGUCCCCAUGUUGCCUACUUAUUAAGCUUUGCUAUGCUCUUCAAUGGCCUGACAGACAUCUGCAGUGCCAGGGCUAACACCUACACGGCACUGGUCAUCUUCUGUGUCUUCUUUGGCGUCUCCUAUGGCAUGGUGGGUGCACUGCAGUUUGAGGUGCUCAUGGCCAUUGUUGGAUCCCAGAAGUUCUCCAGUGCCAUUGGGCUGGUCCUGCUCAUUGAAGCCAUUGCUGUGCUCAUUGGGCCACCCUCAGCAGGACGCUUGGUGGAUGCAUUCAAGAACUAUGCAAUCAUCUUCUACCUGGCUGGCUCAGAGGUUGUACUCUCCUCUCUCUUCCUGGCCAUGGCCACCUACUGCUGCCUGAAUCAGGAGAAGAAGACACCCCAGCCAGAGAAGACCCCUUCGGCAGGGGGUGGCAGUGAUACCGAAGAGGCAGAGUCAGAUGCGCAGGAAGUGGAGGAUCACGCUGCUGACAACCAUCACCUGUCCCACAGCACCAACACUGCUGUUGUCAUGACCAGUGAUGCGGUGAACCACGUAGCAGAGGACCAUAGUGCAGAUGGGGUUGAGCAGCCUGCGGAUGAGGGGGCAGUGCCAGUCCCAGGUGAAUGCAAGACUGGCCAGACAGUGGAGAGAGAGAGAUUUUAGCAAGUGAAAAGCCAGGACUAAGAGCCAAUGCUAAAGUGUGUGACUGGCCUGGUUUGGAGACAAGUAUAUGGAAGAGGGAAUAUGGGUUGAAGGGGGAGAGUGUGCUGGGGAAGAAGCUGGUGGGAGCUGCAAGGAAUUUUUCUAUAUAUAAUGUCUGUGUAACGGUAUACUGCAAGUACACUGAUGUAUUCAACACAGGCCCAAACUGAAAACCAGCCUCCCCUACAAACUGUCCCUGGGAAAUAUUUUUAAACAGCAGCAGAGGCAGCCAGAGAACUUUACUUUUACCUCUGCACUAUCACCCUAAGAGAGAGUUAGGGGCUCUCUAUGAUCAUAUCUGCUACUAUUUACUCAGUCUUCAAUGCCUCUCCUAAUCUGCCACGGCUGUCAGGACAGACCCCGCUUCAUAAACUGCAGAAGAGGCCACACUAUGAACCUGGCUGGAGGGAGGUUGGUUUAGGCUGUCAUGGAAGCAGCUGAUGAUGUAGGGAAAAACAGCUAGAGGGCAGCUACAGGAAUUGCCAUACUUCAUAUCAAUCUCUCUGACCUGGCCUCCAACCACAACCAAUGCCUUAGAGAAAGGUAGGGCCUUCCCCUUCCUAGGCAAUACUAAAAGUGAGGGGAAGGGACUUCAUUCUGACCCCAAUUUGAGAUUAUCUGAGGGGGUGGCAGGCCAAAAGCAAGGUGGUUGUGAUGCUUCAUGGGCAAGAAGGAGGAACGGGGGGAAAGCUCUAGUUAAGGGCACAAAGCAAGGAAACAGUCCAACUAAAUGCCAUUAGCUAACAACUGCCCUGACACUAAGUCUUACAGAUAGGAAUACUAGCAAGGCCCCUUCCCCGCAGGCUGAAUCUGCAAGGCGAGAAUAGAUGACAUGUGAGGGGAACAACGCUGAGCAGGAAGAGUUUCUCUUUAGGGCCCAGGUAAAAAACAUGCCAUGUCCCGAGGGAUUAUCCAUGUGG